CAAAAUAAUCCAAUGGAAAUAUCUAUACAACUGGUUCUACAAAAUUCAACAAAUCAGCUUUCUUCACGUUUUUUGAGGACCAAGGUCUCGCGGAAAUUUUACCGAGGCUAACAUCUUGAUAGUUUUAGGAAGCUACUCAUCUUUAUCAAAGCAACGAAAUAUGGCCCCUACCAAUAACAAAAGAUCCCCCUUACAAGGCGCCGUUUACCACAUUCGAUUGACGAUGAUCAUUCUUUUCCGGGCAUUCGCAUUGCACCGCCAAGGAAAGUUGCCCCAAUUUGAGUUGAAGAUGGAGGUUCCAGAUGCAGGAAAGUUCGACGACCUGGUGUUUCGCUACACAUCGCCAUCGAUACCGGAAGGUACUGUCUACAUACAAGCUAAACAUAAAUAUCCAUCCGAAAAGCCAACGAAAUCGAAAAAAAUUCAUCCAAACCAUCCGUACACACCAACGCGAAAAGAGCGACCAGCCAUUACGGAAGGAACGCUGCUCACGAAAUGGAACUCCAAUGGGCCAUUUUCAAUUUCAAAGUACUUCAUUUCGUACCUGGAAGGAUAUGAAAGAUCGAGCACAGGUUCGCAUACAUACCUGCUGUGCACUAAUGCAACGAUUGACAACAAAUUGAAACAAAAAUUAACAUUACGGUCACAGGACAGCAGCGAGAUUCUUUCCUUUUGCGACGCCAUAGGAGCAACGUGUUACAGCUUCAGCUCUGAGGAACAAUUUCAUGCUCUAACUGAUGCAUUACGGCAAGCAAGUCUAGAAAAGCUAGGACAGAUGCUCGUACUACAUGUUCGUUACAACACAGAAAUUAAAUCGAAUUAUUCUUCGUUAAACGUAUUCGUCGAUCUGAUUUCUGUGUGUGUCGAGGAACUAGAAGGAGGCACAGGGAAGUUUAAACUUAGCCAACGAUUACUAACUGCAUGUGAGUCAUCAAUCUUGGGGAAGUUGCGAGCUGUUCUUAAGAGUGAAUAUGAUAGGCUUAUAAGAGCGAAGCAGUGUGACGAUAGUUGCGUUAGCUGGGAAGAGAUGCAAUUCAUGAUCGAUAAGUCCUUCUUUCAAACCAAGGGUCCACCGACUUCAACACACGACGAAUCAUUUUUCUACGAUCAGGUGAAUCGGGUUAUACAGCAAUUUUACAAAGAGUUUCUGCUUGUUUGUGGAUCCUUGAACGGGGACCAGCUUCACAACAGUGUUCUAGAAAUAAUGCCACACUGGGUCGACGAUAGAAGGACAAUGCAUAACAUUAUGUUCAUGCGACUGUUUGAUUCGAUGAGCUUGUCCCAACCUAUUCCUAUGGAUUUAAACUAUUUGAAACAACAGUUUGUCACUUUUCGAUUGAAUCAACGGAUGUGUUCCGCGACCAAGCUGAUCAUGCUGCAGAGCUAUUGA